AUCACGAUUUCACUGAUAUAAAAUGAAAAGAUAAAUAAAAGAAAAGAAAAUAAUCAAAAAAUUGAUCUGAAAAACGAAAAUGGAAGCUGAUGAUGAUCAGAAGAAGAAGGUGAUGGUGGCAAUAGAUGAGAGUGAAUACAGUCGUUAUGCACUUGAAUGGGCCCUUGAAAACCUCAAAGACUCCAUAGCCAACAAAGAACUUAUAUUAUUCACUGUACAACCAAUCUCUAGCUACAAUUAUCUCCAUGCUUCCUCGUAUGGUUCUACUCCUCCAGAGCUGAUAAGAAGUAUCCAAGAAAAUCAGCAGAAAAUUGCUCUUAGUUUGCUGGGCCAAGCCAAGGAUCUCUGCAGUAAAUAUGGGAUAACUGCAGAGACGAUGAGUGAAAUGGGGGAUCCUAAAGAGCUAAUUUGUGAAGCAGUUGAAAAGUAUAAUAUCCAGCUUCUAGUGCUAGGUAGCCAAGGUCGUGGAGCUCUUAAGAGGGUUUUUCUUGGUAGCGUUAGCAAUCACUGUGUUCAAAACGUCAAGUGCCCAGUUCUUGUAGUUAAGAAAUCUACAUGAGAGUAUCAGGUCAUAUCCUUCCUGGAGUGUAGUGCUUUUCCGGUUCUACUUGUGUAACUCUACUAUGUGUACUGUACAUAAAUAAUAUCUAGAUAAAACCAUCUUGUAAACUAAAAUAAAUUUAUAAAUUUCCGCAUAGAUAAUAUCAGUUGCUUGUGAUAGGCA